AUGCCUUAUUUUCCACCUGGCUCUCGUAGUGAAUUACUUGAUGCAUCAGUGAUAGACAAGAGAAUAAUAUGCAAACAAAUUGAAAUUCAAACAAAAGAUCAUUGUAAACUUUCAGGCAUCAUUGUUCGUAAUAAGCCAUCUAACUAUAUAGAUCACGAAAACACAAGUCCCUAUGGUGUGCAGGAUGGGGAUCCAAUAUUAAUUUAUUUUCAAGGCAAUGCAGGAAACGUAAUAGUUCGACUUCCCAUCUUUAUAUUGACGCUCUUAUCAGCGAGGAAUAGCCAAUUAAGCAAUUUAACAAUAAUCGCGCCAAGUUAUCGAGGUUAUUGGCAAUCAACCGGCAGACCAUCCGAACAAGGCCUUCAAUUAGACGCAAUUGCCAUCUAUGAAUAUAUUCAUCAAAAGUUUCCCACGAAUCCACUUUAUCUUUAUGGCCACUCAUUGGGAGGCGGCGUUGCAAUCUAUUUAGCGAAACAAGUCCAAGAUUACAACAACAAUCAUCAAUUACGAGGUAUAAUCCUCGAAAAUACAUUUACCUCAAUCAAAGACAUGAUAGUCACGAUAUACCCACAAAAGUGGUUGCCUUAUCGAUAUCUUAUCAAUCUUCCGUUUCUGCUUAGAAAUAAAUGGGAUAACGUUGCCACAAUCCGGGAGAUCAAAGUUCCCACCUUAUUCUUGUCAUCACGUAAUGAUGAAAUUGUUCCGCAAAAACAAAUGCGUCAGCUAUAUUUUGUUGCUGAAAAGGCUCCGAAAAAAAUUUGGAAAGAGUUUAGGAAUGCAUUACAUCAGGACACUUUUUUACAGAAUGGGUAUUCAGAGGCAAUUAUUGAAUUUAUUAGAGAUACUAUGAAAAAAAAAUUAAGCCAAUGA